AGUAAUAUUCAACAAAACAAAAAAAAUUGGAAACUUUCUAUUGAUAGCAAAAUAUCAUGAAUAGGGAAAACCGGGAAACUUUCUAGUUUCUAUACGCUCCUUCAUUCAUCUCCAUCGUCUUCAUCACUAUGGAAAGGGACGCCGCCACCUCACCGGAGUUAGCUCUAUCGGACACCGAUAUCUGUUGGGACAGGCUAGACAAAGGAAGUUUUCACAUCACGGGAGCUAUUCUGUUCACCGCUCAGUCAGCUCUGAUACAUCCAACAGCGGUUGUUAAGACAAGGAUGCAAGUGGCUGACUCUGCUGGAGUGUUCUCAUCGCGUACGACAGGACUGUCUGUCUUCAAACAUAUUCUUAGGAAUGAUGGUGUCCGUGGCAUAUUCAGAGGCUUUGGCACAUCGGCAAUUGGGUCGUUGCCUGGCCGAGUGCUGGCGUUGACCUCACUUGAGGUAUCAAAAGACAUGAUGCUCAAACACACACAAGGUCUAGAUAUGCCGGAAGCAACUCGUGUUGGCAUGUCAAAUGCAGUUGCUGGCAUGGUGUCCAACCUAAUUUCAUGUGUAUACUUUGUGCCUCUCGAUGUGAUUUGCCAAAGACUGAUGGUUCAAGGGCUUCCUGGGACUAAACUUUGUAAUGGGACAUUUGAUGUCAUACGUAAAGUAAUGAAGGACGAAGGUGUGCGGGGAAUGUACAGAGGUUUUGGAUUAACAGCAGUGUAUCAGUCUCCUGCUUCUGCACUGUGGUGGGGUGCUUAUGCUGCAUCACAACAUCUCAUUUGGAGAUGGUCACAGUCCAAGCUACUGCUGGAAUGUUAGCUGGUGCUUGUUCUUCGGUUAUCACAACCCCUGUAGACACCGUCAAAACUCGCCUUCAGGUUAUGGAUGAUGGUGAGGGUGGGGGCUUUGGAAGACAUCGGCGGCCUUCUGUAAUGAGGACAGCAAAGAUACUCCUCAGAGAAGAGGGAUGGAGAGGAUUCUACAGAGGCUUUGGACCAAGAUUCCUCAAUAUGUCUUUCUAUGGAGUCACAAUGAUUGUAACUUACGAGCUCAUUAAGAGAUUAUCUGUGAAGCAGAUGUGAUGAAAGGAUAGGGACAGAGCAUGAAAUCCAGCAAGCACGCAAAAUCAGAUUGAUUAAUGUUACUAAUGAAUGAUAUAUGGAUGGGAGUAGGCUACCGGCUGAUGGAUAUCUUCACUUUGGCUAUAAUGAGCCCCUCCCUCAUCCGAUCUCGUUUCGGAGAAUGAUUGAUCUCCUUGGCUUAUGAUACAAAUAUUACGUACUUGGUUAGCAUUAGCCCCAUACGUUCUAGUGAAUUGUAAGGUAGUUCUAACAUUAACAUCAUUUAUAUUUACCAGUCUUAGGGGCUGUUUGGUAACUUCUGAAUGGGUAAGUGCUGAACCAGUAAGAGGUCUGAACCAUUAAGUGCUGAACCAGUAAGAGGUCUGAACCAUUAAGAGCUAGUAUAUUGUUUAACUAUUCAGAGGCAAAUGUCUAAUCAAUUCAGAUAAGAGCU